AUGGAUCAUCUACGAGUCGACCCGAACGGCUUCCAGAUUCCUGGGAUGCACGUGCCGCAAUUGACGAACCAGCCGCCCCAGAUCUUCGGCGCCUAUGGCAUGCCCGAUGGACUCAGUAUGCUGCCGCCGGAGCUCCAGAUGUUCGACCCCUCGGCGUUAAUGGGCGACGACCAAGACGCCAAGAGAAGGAGAAUAGCAAGAGCUUGCGACAUGUGCAGGAAGAAGAAGAUCAAGUGUGAUGGCAAGCUACCAGCAUGCACACAUUGCAUCAACUACAAGACGGACUGUGUCUUCACGCAGGUCGAGAAGAAGCGAAGUCCACCGAAAGGCGCCAAGUACAUCGAGGGGCUCGAGAACCGUCUCGGUCGCAUGGAGAGUCUUCUCAGACUUGCCGGCCUACUGGAUGAUGAGGAUGGCGCAACUGAUUUGGGCACUCUGGAGAAGAAGUUGACCGAGAAAGCCCAACAAAGAUCUAGACAGGCGUCGCAUGUCACGUCCAACCCGACAUCGCCCUCGCAAGCCACUUCUAUCCAGGACGAUAUGACAUCGACCCCGCAAAGCGCACUAACAUCGCCUGAACCACAGAAGGACAAUCAGAAGGACAAGGAUGACGAUAAGAGACGCAAUUCGUCUGUGGCGCCAGAAAGGAACGAAGAGGAUGUUGAGGCGCUGUCCGACAUGAUGUGCUCGUUGGUCACUACCCACAACGGAGAGACUAGAUAUAUUGGCUCUUCGUCCGGUUUCUCCAUCUUCUCUCCCAAAGGUAUCGAGUGGGUCAAUGCAAGGACGGGAGAUAAUGCUUUCCAGAACAUGAUCUCCGAAGUCUCGAUCGACGACCACAAAUGGACCCGCUGGAAGCCCGAGAUCUUUGCUGACGUCUUUCGGCGCCCUGUAUACAUUCCUCUGCCGCCCAAGCCGGAGGCCAUGUCCUUGCUCAAGGACUAUUUUGAGAACUUUAACUGCAUGUUCCCGCUGUUCCACCAGCCCACUUUCAUGCACCUUGUGGAAAAACAGUAUUCUAAUGAGCCCUACGAAGGGUCGGGAUGGUGGGCCAGCUUGAACGUUGCCUUGGCGACUGCUCAUCGUCUUCGGGUCAUGAGCAAGCUUGUGCCAGAGGAAGAGGACAGCAAAGCGUGGGCUUACAUGAAAAAUGCCAUGGGCGUAUUCUCUGAAUUGACCAUGCGGAACACCGAUCUACUCAGUGUCCAGGCUCUGCUUGGUAUGGCGCUGUUCAUGCAAGGAACGCCGAACCCUCAGCCAGGGUUUCUCUUGAUUGCAGCAGCCAUCAGAUUAUCGCACAGCAUUGGUCUCCAUAAAAGAGGCAGUGGCUUUCACCUCAACCCGAUCGAGACUGAGCAGAGAAAACGGGUCUUCUGGAUUGCGUACAUGCUCGACAAAGAACUCUGUCUUCGCGCGGGUAGACCACCGGCACAGGACGACGACGAUAUGAAUGUCGAACUUCCCGACGCCGAUCCUGCGGAUAAUAUUGGCAAUAUACCUCUCGCUGACGGGAAGGGAAAGAUGAACCUUUUCAGAGUCAUGUGUGAGUUGACUGUCAUUGAGGGCCAGGUGUACAAGCGUCUUUACUCGACAAAAGCUGCAAAGCUUUCCGAAGGAGAGCUGUUGAACACCAUUGGAGAGCUUGACAAAGACCUCGAAGAUUGGAAAGAUGGUAUUCCCAUCGACUUCAGGCCGGAACACGAGAUCAAAGCCUCACAUACUCCACUGAUUCUGCACAUUGUCAUGUUGCACUUCUCCUACUACAAUUGCUUGACGACGAUUCACCGCAUGUCUGUGCAUAGAGGGUAUUGGACGAGUCGGUUGUCCAAUUACGCUAUUCAAGGUCUGAACUCGAAACCACUGAACCCCCGAGUUUUUGCCUCGGCUGCUCUAUGCGCUUCUGCGGCACGGGCAACCAUUUCCAUGCUGAAGUAUAUUCCGCAAGGCGACAACCAAUGUGUCUGGCUUGCCCUCUAUUUCCCUGUGUCUGCAUUGAUGACCCUGUUUGGAAACAUCCUUCAGAAUCCUUUGGACCCGCGCGCAAAAUCAGAUACCAAGUUGAUGGACAUCGUCGUGACAUUCCUAUCGACACUGGGCCAAGAAGCGGAAACAGGCGGUGUCCACCGAAUGCUUGGUGUGUGCGCCGAGUUUGCGCGUAUCGCCAAGAUGAUCAUAGACAAGACUGAGAAGGAAGGAUCCAAGCGUAAGAGAAGAACGCAAGACCCGCCAAAACCUGCCAACCCAACACCGGCACCACAAUCAAAUACUACGCCACGGCCAGUAUCUUCACAAACCACGCCGACCCCGCACUACAAUCAACACAAGCAGCAGGGCUUGAGUUCGCCACCCGUGAGUUCACCAGGCCACAUGCGCCGCAGCCAGACUCCUCAGUCAAACUCGAAUUACCAUAGCCCGAUGAACACGGCGAAUUCAGGAAGCGGUUCAGCGCCACGCGAUGGGCCUAAUGCAUGGCCGCAGGACUACCCAAGCACUGGGCCGAUAUAUGACACCCCGGACUUCAACAAUUUCCAUGACUUAACAGGCUUUGGCCAGCCGAUAGCUUCACCGCCAAUGCAAAAUCCAAACGCUGCUGGCUUCAUGCCCGCAUUAUUGCCUCAGGAUAUGUGGCAGUUACCGAUGAAUAUUGACUGGGACUGGCAAGAGUUUGCUGGUGGAGCCUUGCCAAACUUUGAAAACGGGAAUGCCAUGCCGCAUGGAGGCGGAAUGUAA